UCUAGGAACCAUGAGACAAAGUGGGGAAAAAAAAAAAAAAAAAAGCCCAACUCACAGAAAACCAUCUUGCAGAUAGGAAAAGGAUGAAUAACAAAGGAAACCCCAAACGUGAGAAGGCAAACCCCAGCCCUCACUCAGAGGCUGUGAAGGCAGAGGAAGCCGGCAGGUGGACUCCGAAAGCCCUCAUAGGAGGUGAGCCUCUUCCUGUGGCGGCCACACGCCAGCACAGCCCGUGGAGGAGCCUUUUUUCUUCUUCUCCUCUCCUGUGGCCUCCUGUCCCCAGGACUGUCCAGCCUGGCAAGAUGAAGUGGAGGAGGAUCGCCAUCCUUGCCACCCUGCAGGCACAGCUCCCAGCCACAGAUGCUGCAUCAGUUCUUGGCCUCACAGAUCCCAGGCUCUGCUACAUGCUGGAUGGAUUCCUCUUCAUUUAUGCAGUGGUCAUGACAGCCCUUUUUGUGAAGGCAAAGCUCAGCCAGGCCUCUGAGCCACAGCUGCGACCAGGCCAGGAUGAUGUGUACAAUAAACUCUCCCGCACGCACAGAGACGAUUACGAUGUUCUGGGAGGAAAGCGAGGAGCAGACCCCGAGCUGGGCGGGAGACACCAGCAGAGGAGAAAGAACCCUCAGGACACUGUCUACACUUCACUGCAGAAGGACAAGAUGGGUGAGGCAUACAGUGAGAUUGGAAUGAAGGGAGAGCAGCAGAGGCGGCGAGGCAAAGGCAAUGAAGGUCUCUACCAGGGGCUCAGUGCGGCAACCAAGGACACUUAUGAUGCUCUCCAAAUGCAGCCUUUGCCUCCCCGCUAAGUGGGAGCCUCAGAGGGGAUGGGCAAGAGUGAGAGAUGCCCACCUGCUUUGGGGAGGAGAGGGGGGAAAGUCUUUUUCAUCCAACACAAGCACUAUGUGUUUUCUGUGUGCAAGAACCUCCUGGGGUUGGUGCACAGAAUUUGGACCUGGCCUUUUCCUUCUCUCUCUCCCCUCCUGAAUCAUGUAACUGCUUCUGCUAUUAGAAUGUACAUAUCUGUAAAGUUGUUUCCAAUUAUUGUGGGUGUUAGGCUGAUUUUUUUUUGGUCAGGUUUGUGUUGUGGGGACUAGACCACACCUUCUAACAAACACAGCUAUUUCCAUAGCUCUUCUUUGUCUUCCAGAAUACUAAGACAUGGAAUUAAGGCUUUAUUGCAUUUAAACAAUUUGCAAAGAUAGGGUUGUAUUUACUUCCUGCAGUAUUUAUCUUAAGACUAUUUCACCCUUUUUGCUUUAAAUUUGCCUUUAAAAAACUGCUUCAAUGGAGGGCAACUUUUUUCUUUAAUUAUAAAGAGUGACAUGAUGUUACAGUAGUGAAGCAGAGAGGCUGAAUGCCAAUUUUCCAGUAGGAAGAAAAUGAGCACCAAUAUCCAAAAAAAGAUCAAGCAAAUGGCACAGCCACUCAUCCAUAAAUAUGAGCCAGGUAAGCUGAGUGAGAGACUUCUCUGAAGGCAGAAAAACAAAGAAAACAAGGAGAUGGGUUCCCCUAUUAUCACUUCCAGACAACAAACUGUACAAAAGCCAACAUAAAGGCAGUUUCCAAACCACUCUCUCAUGAGGCUGCCUCUAAAAGGUGCAGGUAUCAUUCCAAGGAGGUACCAGCUCAGUAAUGUCAUGUGUUUUUGAUGAAUUAAUAAAAUAGUGCCACAGUCCCGUGUGUGUGUAGGGAGCAGCAGUGGGAAUGGCACGAGCUCCUUACCUGAGGCAUUCAGCCCGUCAGAACCAGCCUGCACCCAGCAGCACCAUCUCCCAGGGAAGCUGAGGAGGACAGGAUUCCAGCAGAAGCUCCUACACACGUCCCAGAAGCUGGGAUGGGCUGUUGGGAAAAUGCCCCAAACCCAGGUACCAAAGGACACUCACCUCCUGCUGCUGCAGCCUCAGUUUUGCCCGUGCCUCGCAAGGCUCCACAAGGAAGCCUGGAGGAAUUCAGCAUGGACAAAUCCAGCCCAGCAACAUCAGGGGUGCUUCACCUCGACCCAGGAGCUGACCAAGCCAUCUCACCAGUCAUCACAGAAGAAGCAGAGCUAAAGCAAGGCUGUGGGAACAAGAGCUGCUGCUCUGGGUGCUGGCCAAAUGAGGUUAUGUCUUCUUUCCAGGGACUGGGUGGGUUUUCAGCAGAAAAACUUGCUGAAAUGGGUGCUAUGCAAGUUCCAAGGCAGUUUUACUUCUUUAAGCAGUAAAACUGUAACUGCAGUAGG